CGGCGGAGGUGGUGGCGGCGGCGGCGGCGGCGGCGGCCGCGGCGUCUGGAGCGGCGCCCCGUGCAGGAUGUUGCAGGAGGCGGCGGCGGUGUCGUUGGCGGCAGCGGGUGGAGGAGCGGCGACGGCUGAGGCGCCCGCGGGCGGGAUAAAAUGGCGGAUUUCGAGGAGUUGAGGGGUUCUCUGAGCUCCAAGGGGAGGGACCUGAUGGAGAUCUUCAAUUUGGGCUCUCCUAAUGUUUGGCUGUGGUCUCUUCAUCUGCUUCCAUCAGCUGCCAGAGAAUAUGGUUUCUAGUUUUAGGGUUUCUGAAUUACAAGUGUUACUAGGCUUUGCUGGACGGAAUAAAAGUGGGCGUAAGCAUGACCUCCUGAUGAGGGCGUUGCAUUUACUGAAGAGUGGCUGCAGCCCUGCGGUUCAGAUUAAAAUUCGAGAAUUAUAUCGACGCCGAUACCCACGGACACUUGAAGGACUUUGUGAUCUAUCCACAAUCAAAUCAUCGGUUUUCAGUUUGGAUGGUAGUUCUUCACCAGUGGAACCUGACUUGCCUGUGGCUGGGAUCCACUCGUUGCCUUCCACUUCAAUUACACCUCACUCACCAUCAUCUCCUGUUGGUUCUGUGCUGCUUCAGGACAGUAAGCCCACAUUUGAGAUGCAGCAGCCUUCUCCUCCCAUUCCUCCUGUCCAUCCUGAUGUGCAAUUAAAAAACCUCCCCUUUUAUGAUGUCCUUGAUGUUCUCAUCAAGCCUACAAGUUUAGUUCAAAGCAGUAUUCAACGGUUUCAAGAGAAGUUUUUUAUUUUUGCUCUGACACCUCAGCAAGUUAGAGAGAUAUGCAUAUCAAGGGAUUUUUUGCCAGGUGGCAGGAGAGAUUAUACAGUCCAAGUUCAGCUUCGACUUUGCUUGGCGGAGACCAGUUGUCCUCAAGAAGAUAACUAUCCCAAUAGUUUGUGUAUAAAAGUAAAUGGGAAACUCUUUCCUUUACCUGGUUAUGCACCACCACCUAAAAAUGGGAUUGAACAGAAGCGUCCUGGACGGCCCUUGAAUAUUACAUCUUUAGUUAGGUUGUCUUCCGCUGUGCCAAAUCAGAUUUCUAUUUCUUGGGCAUCUGAAAUUGGAAAGAAUUACUCCAUGUCUGUAUAUCUCGUACGACAGCUUACAUCAGCCAUGUUAUUACAGAGAUUAAAAAUGAAAGGUAUUAGAAAUCCUGAUCAUUCCAGAGCACUAAUUAAAGAAAAACUUACUGCAGAUCCUGAUAGUGAAAUUGCUACAACUAGUCUUCGAGUGUCCUUAAUGUGCCCUUUAGGGAAAAUGAGGCUGACUAUCCCAUGCCGGGCAGUGACGUGUACACAUCUGCAGUGUUUUGAUGCUGCCCUGUAUCUUCAGAUGAAUGAGAAGAAGCCCACCUGGAUUUGUCCUGUUUGUGACAAGAAGGCUGCCUAUGAGAGUCUGAUAUUAGAUGGGCUUUUCAUGGAAAUUCUCAAUGACUGUUCUGAUGUAGAUGAGAUCAAGUUCCAAGAAGAUGGUUCUUGGUGUCCAAUGAGACCCAAGAAAGAAGCUAUGAAAGUAACCAGCCAGCCCUGUACAAAAAUAGAAAGUUCCAGCAUCUUUAGUAAACCUUGUUCAGUGACUGUAGCCAGUGAUGCAAGCAAGAAGAAGAUAGAUGUUAUUGAUCUAACAAUAGAGAGCUCUUCUGAUGAAGAGGAAGACCCUCCUGCCAAAAGGAAAUGCAUCUUUAUGUCAGAAACACAAAGCAGUCCAACCAAAGGGGUCCUCAUGUAUCAGCCAUCUUCUGUAAGGGUGCCCAGUGUGACUUCGGUGGAUCCUGCUGCUAUUCCACCCUCAUUAACAGACUACUCAGUACCAUUCCACCACACGCCAGUGUCAAGCAUGUCAUCAGAUUUGCCAGGUUUGGAUUUUCUUUCCCUUAUUCCAGUUGAUCCCCAGCAGUACUGUCCUCCUAUGUUUUUGGAUAGUCUCACCUCACCCUUAACAGCAAGCAGCACGUCCGUCACCACCACCAGCCCCCAUGAAAGCAGUACUCAUGUUAGUUCAUCCAGCAGCAGGAGUGAGACAGGGGUCAUAACCAGCAGUGGAAGUAACAUUCCUGACAUCAUCUCACUGGACUAAAGGCGGACAUAUUUGAUUCUGGGAAUCAUUCAUCAGAACUACUCCUUCUUGGAUAUCUAGUCCAUGGAAGCUAAUUUUUGCAAUUUAAUAUUUAUUAAAUUGUCAGAUGGAUUCUUUGCUGAGAAGUGAACCCAGAUAACUUCAGCAAGAACCAGAUGACAAGCAAGGACUUUUCUUACGCUGUACACUGAGCAUCAGAUAUAUUUCAUCUACAAUGGUGUCUUCUUGAUCAGUGGAUUUCAGUUUCUACAUUACUGGAUGGAUUCUACAAACAAUUUUUUUUGUUACAAUAAACAGCAAUAAAAUUAUGUAAAUACUUAAACUUUUCUAAUUAAAAUAAUGUAAUUACUGAUCUAGAAUAACAGCAACUUCUGUUUAAUCCAAAAUGAAGGAAAAAUAGAUGGGAAGAAGUCAUGUUUGCUGAAUGAAUACUUUCUAUAGAGAUUUGUUAUAUUUUGUUGAUGUAAUGAAAUUUCAAUAACUGACCAGAA